CAAUUAGUUAAUAUUUUAAAUAAAAACUUUAUUUAACGUUACCUUUCUUUAAUGUUUGGAUAAUAAUAAUAAUAAAUAGUUUAAUAAAAUAAGAAAUAAUUUAAAUAUGUUGUGACGCAGUCGCAGUAUUGAGAAUCGAUUUUACAAGGGGUGUUAAAGGGCAGGAUAGAAUAACAUUGCAUAGAUCUUAGAUGUCAACAAAUUUACCAUUGGAAACUGUCAAAAAGGGCAGCAAGGAAUUGUGUCAAUUAAAUUAAUGAUCUUUUAGGUAAAUAAAUUAAUUAAACAAUGGCAAUGUUCAAGGGAUUUCGUGUUUACGAAAAAAGUAAACCCCCAAGUCCACACAGUGUACUGUUAGAGAAAAAAGGCAAGGAUGAGACACUUUUGUUUGAGUCCCAUGCGCUGGCAGUACUUUCUGCCCAGGAAACGGAGGCUGUUAAAAAGCAAUACACAAAAAUAUUGGAUGCAUAUGGUUGUCUGGGUGUUCUACAAUUGUAUUCUGGUGAAACAACUGUUCUCUACUUAGUUAUGGUAACCAGUUGCUUUUCAAUUGGCAAAAUAGGUGACUCGGAAAUAUUUAGAAUAACACAAACACAAUUCGUACCCUUACAUUACCAACAAAAUGACGAAAAAAUUGUAGAAGUAAGGAAAUUACUUAAUUCAGGUACAUUUUAUUUUUCCUGGUACUCCGGCAGUACAGCUGGUGGCACACCUUUAGACUUAACAUUAUGUGCACAACGAAAGCAAAAAACACAAAUAACCGACCACAGAUUUUUCUGGAACAGAAUGUUGUAUGUGCAUUUGGUGAGGUUCGGUGUAGAUUGCAAUAGUUGGUUAGUACACGCUAUGUGUGGUUCAGUUGAAGUCAGAACUGUCUAUGUCGGCCAUAGAAAAGCCCUUGCUGCUGUUAUUUCAAGAUUAAGUUGUGAAAGAGCAGGAACUAGAUUUAAUGUACGUGGUACAAAUGACGAAGGAAAUGUCGCCAAUUUUGUUGAAACUGAGCAAGUGAUAUUCCUAGACAAUGAAGUUUCCUCGUAUUUACAAACUAGGGGAUCAGUACCAUUAUUUUGGGAGCAACCUGGUGUGCAAGUUGGUUCUCACAAAGUAAGAGUGUCCAGAGGUUAUGAAUCUUCGAAAUCAGCCUUCAACCGACACAUGGCCACGAUAAAGGAUAGAUAUGGUAACCAGGUGAUAGUAAAUCUUUUGGGGACUAGUUUGAUAGGUAGUAAAGAGGGUGAGGCCACUUUGAGCCAGGAAUUCCAGAAACACCACAAGGAAUCGGGUCACACUGACGUACCUCACAUUGUGUUUGACUAUCACCAAGAAUGCAGAGGAGGCAAUCAAGCAAACCUAUCAAAACUGAAAGCCAAAGUGGAAAAGGAAAUGCAAGACUUUUCCUAUUACCAUGCUGUUGGUAAUCAAAUUUAUACCUUGCAGACUGGAACAAUCAGGACGAACUGUCUGGAUUGUCUGGACAGAACGAAUUGUGUUCAAACGUUUUUCGGACUGGAAACUCUUUCAAGACAACUACAAUCCAUGCAGUUGGUGGAUAAAAAACAAACCAUAUCAAGAUUUGAGGAAGUGUUCAAGCAAAUGUGGAUCAAUAAUGGAAAUGAGAUCAGUAAGAUAUAUGCAGGGACUGGGGCUAUCCAAGGAGGAUCAAAACUAAUGGAUGGAGCCAGAUCAGCAGCAAGAACAAUCCAAAAUAAUCUGCUUGAUAACUCCAAGCAAGAAGCAAUUGAUAUUUUAUUGGUUGGCUCAACUUUGUCGACGGAAUUGGCGGAUAGAGCAAGAACAUUACUACCAUGUAACACAUUACAUGCGCCACCUCAAGUUUUGCGAGAAAUGUGUAGAAGAUACAACGAAUACACUGAACCACUCCCCCUCAGAGUAGCUGUAGGCACAUAUAACGUAAACGGUGGGAAACACUUUCGUAGCGUAGUUUUCAAAGACAUCAAACUUUCCGACUGGCUUCUGGACCCACACACUAAAAACAAAGGAAGCCUGGUAGACACCGGGUUCACUGACGAGCACAAAUCAAUUCCAGUUGAUAUUUACGCCAUUGGUUUUGAGGAAAUUGUAGAUCUGAACGCGGCAAACAUCGUCAAUUCCAGCACUGAAAAUGCGAAAUCUUGGGCUCUGGAAUUGGAAAAAGUGCUUUCCAGAGACAGGCAGUACGUGCUGGUUACCUACCAGCAGCUGGUGGGCGUUUGCUUGUAUGUAUUUGUAAGGCCUGAACAUGUUCCUUACAUAAAGGACGUCGCAGUGGAUUCGGUUAAAACCGGUAUGGGAGGUCACACAGGAAACAAGGGAGCCGCAGCCAUACGAUUGGUCCUGCACGCGACUUCGUUGUGUUUUGUGUGCGCUCAUUUUGCCGCCGGUCAAUCUCAAGUGAACGAGAGAAACGCAGACUAUAACGAAAUCACACGGAAAAUUUCCUUUCCCAUGGGCAGGUCUCUCAAUUCGCACGAGUAUUUGUUUUGGUGCGGCGACUUCAACUACAGAGUCGACAUGGACAAGGAGGAGUUGAGAGAGUGCUUGAAGAGAAACGACUUGGCCGCAGUGUUGCAGUGCGAUCAGUUGGCAAAACAAAAGGAGGAGAAGAACGUAUUCAAGGAUUUUGAAGAGGGGGAAAUAACGUUCCCGCCAACUUACAAGUACGAUUUAUUUAGCGAUGAUUACGAUACAAGCGAAAAGUGUCGAGCACCAGCGUGGACCGAUAGAGUGCUCUGGAAAAGAAGAACGCAAUCGCUGGAAAUGAACGGCGCGUCCGAUCAAUCUCCAGGCAAGUUGGUCUACUACGGAAGAGCGGAAUUGAAACAAAGCGACCACCGACCUGUUAUCGCCAUCAUCGACAUACAGUCGAGAAAACUGAACGAAGAAAAGAGGCAACAGGUUUUCUACGAUGUGAUUGCCGACAUAGGUCCGCCAGAUGCCACCAUCAUCGUACAUUGCGAGGGCGGCCAAUCGGCCAACGAUGAAGGUGGCGUUUUUGAUGACAACAUGGUUAUGAUCCUCCUCGAGGAAUUCGCUCAAUUCGGAGAAACCAUUUUAGUCAGAUUCGUUGCCGAUACCAUGUGGAUCACCUUUAGAGAAGGACAAUCCGUUCUCGAAGCCCUUCAGAAGACCAAAGGAACAAUUACGAUCCAGGAUUACGAUUUAACUUUGAGCCUGAAAACGCCUCACUGGGUGGACCAGACAAAAGAAGAAAUCGGCCUGUGUUCCAGCAACACGGUUCCGCUGUACAUCUCUCCAAGUCAAUCGGAUUACAACUGCCUCGGAAUACCGGAUAUGGGGCAAAAACAGCCGCCAUCGAGACCGCCGGGCCCGCCGAGCAGGCCGCCCCCGCCGAGCGCCAAAUCGCCGAAAAGAAACGUGCCAAGGGCGGGGGUGAUAAGCCUGAGCGGCAGCAAUAAACCCCCACCAUCGCCGCCGAUCAAUUUACCGCCUCCGAGUAUGCCGCCGCCGGAUCUUCCCCAACAGCAAGAAGAAUCGGUUUACGAGGAGAUCAGUGAUGACUACAUGGCCCCGGAGCCUCAGGAACCUCCACCGCCUCCUCCAAGAUCGGAACCUGCUGCAGCGAUGCCGCCUGCCCCCUUAAGGGGGCCUCCCCCUGUUCCUGCUAGGUCUGCUCCACCUCCCCCUCUUCCUGCAAGACCCAGGCAAUAAUUACCGGGGAAAACAUUUUAGAACUUACUGUAUUGUUUGUUGUAGAUAAUCUGCAUUUGCAUUAUUCAUUGCCUUAGUCUGUGACUAUAGUUUGGCUGUUAUUAGAUUAGAUUUACGCGGGGAAAACUCAAUUUCGAUAUUUAUGCGAAAACUACAAUUGUUCUUGAUAAACAACUGAAUUAACGCGAGAAUAAAGACAAUUAACUGCAUUAUCAAAUUGUAACUCGGCGCUUCAGAAAAGUUCUUCAAAGUAAUUCAGUUUGUAACAUAUCUUUAUUCCGUUGUUUCUUAAAAUAAUUGUAACGUUUAAUAUUUAAAUUUAGUUAUCUCUGUAGUUUUCGCUUUAAUUUUUUUAUUCUUUAAUAUUUAUUGUGUAUAAAUGGAAUUCAUCUUAUUUACCAGUUCCUAUUCUUUCGUCAUUCCUUUGUAUUUAUAAUUCUACUUAAGUAGGUAUUCAGCGAAUAACGUGUAAUAUAUACUUACCUACCCACCCAAUUAAUUAUCUAUGCUUUAUAAAAGUUAAAAAUAAAUGUUAUUACUACUUAAGAGUGGGCAGGUCCCAAAUAUUUAUGUUGAAAAAAUAUUGUUUCUAUAUCAAAGCAUUUUGUAAAAUUGUUAAAUAUUGUUAUCUUGGAUUUUAAAUUUAUUAUUUUGGCAUAUAUCAAAUUGUAUAUUUAUUGUUUAUCCUUUUAUAGGAAUAAAGACUUAAGCAUACUAA